AUGGACCUGGGGGAAGCGCAAGAGCAGCAAGGGAACCAACAAGUUUUUCAGCAGUACCGGGACGCAGAGAUCUCCUCUCCUCAGCCCGGUUCCUCUGACGCUGCUUCCUGGGAGGAAGUCAUUGAACGACCAGGGCCGGAGACGUUGAUAGCACGACCUCGCGGUCCUCGGCAAACCAUUCGAAGCUCUCUCUCAGCUCCCAUCCCUCCUCCCGGCAUGCUGGCGAACAGCAAGGGAAGUGCCUCUCAGCGCUGCGUCGCCUACUGCACAGCUGAGCAGUUCGAUUGGGACGGACUCUUGAAGGUUCUGCAGAAGUCGAUGGUUCCCUCGAUCUACUUCUCGGAAGUGAUUCACGUGAACUUGCAAGAAUCAAAAGAAGCGAGUGAGGGCGACGUGUUCUUCUUCAAGGAUGGCUCCCUCGUCUUCUGGGCCAUUCCCUACGAUCAGGCGACCAAGAUCUUGGAUCUGAUCGAGCCGUACCAGAUCGGAGCAUACCAUCGUGAGGACAUUCUCGAUUGCUACUCGGAAGUCAUCGACUUCACCUACGGCAAACAGGCUGGUUUGCUUCCCAGUGGCGAGCUUAUCCUCUCUGUCGGACAGAACAACUGGGCUAAGGCACAGAUCCUGGAGAAAAUCGCCUUCAGCCAUGGGCUGCAACGGUCAGUAAAAGUCUCGGUGAUCGAGAGGAUUUCUGAAGAUUUGAUCAAGUCCCUGAAGCAUAUCCCGGACAUCCUGAUGGAGAAGAGGGCCCUUAAGCUGGACAAGACGGCGGUGAUGAAGAUCAUGGGACAGCUUCUCUCACUCAGAGGGUUGAUCAAUCUCCACCUUCCCCUCAGCGAAACCCCGGAGGCAUACUGGGAGGAGCCAUGGUUGGAGGACCUCUAUUCCAAGAUCUCACGCGAACUCGACCUUACGGGUAGGAUUCGAACGUUGAAUCGCAAGCUCGACUAUGCGCAUCAGGUCGUCGAGGUCUUGCGGACGGAACUGAGUGAGAGGCACAGCACAAGGCUGGAGAAAAUCAUCAUCUUCCUCAUUUCCAUCGAAGUAGCCUUCGAGAUGUUCCACUUCUUUGCAUAA